AAAAAGACAGGCAACAGAGGGGAUGGGAGAAGGAAGUGGAGACGAAGAAGCUGGAGACAUAUUCUGAGAAAAGGCAGAGUGUGGUGACAGUCGGUGUGAGCGGAGCGCGGGAACCGGAGCUGGACGCAGGUCCAAAAUAAGGUGCAACAGAGAGAAAGAACACUUUUUCACCAAAACGCCAAAGACGACUGCACUGCUGAGGGUGCAUUUGUUUUCCCCCUCACCCGCUCCCGCCCCUGCCUGCUCCCUACCAUGCCCACACUGCCUGAGGAAGAGGAAGACUCCCCAGAGGAGUUGGACAGUUCUUCAAGCUCUCCCAGUACAUGUCCAGCUGGUGAGAGUGUAGCUGUAGAAAUGACUGGUCCCACGAUCAUCUACCCACAGCAGGCUUCCAUUGUCCAACAAGAUGGACGUCCUCUACAGCAGGCCAGGCCACACAGUCCCAGAUGUCGUCUGGCCAGAAACUCCACGGGAGGACCAAUCACCACAGUUGACAGUACAGGUCAUGUGAUCGAUCUGGUGAAGGAUAAGCUGCCGGAGAUGCAGCUCUCUGAGGAGGAUCGCCAGAAGAAUCUGGAGCUUCUGGAACAAGCCAAAAAGGUCAGCGACCGCUUCCUCAUGCGCCGAGGCCGCCGUUCUACCAGCAGCCUUUCCGACUCUCCCACAGUUUUGGGAUUCCCUGAUGUGAACUGCAGCUCACAGUCUGUUAGUCAGCAUCUGGAUGUUGCCUCAGUCAGAGGACAAACGGAUGCGCCGACUCAGGAUCAGGAGGGCAGCAGACUGGUGAUAGACUGGAAGCUCACAGAGAAGAGAAAAGUCUCUUCUGGGACAUUAACGCCACGUUAUGCCAUUCCAAAAGAACCCUGUGAACCCAAAAGUCCCCAAGGAACCAAUAAAAGCGAUGAAGGAGCCGGCUCAGGGCGAAAUUCCAACCAGGCCCCGGCCACAGGGGUCGCCAAGCCCGUCCCCCGGCCCCCGACGCAACAGGCCCCCUGCACAGCCGAGAUAAAGACCAUUGGAGCCUUUCCACCACUAAUGAGGGCUGUUUCCUGGGAUGCUGUUGGAGGCAAUAACCCCAGAAACGGAGCAGAGGACACAAACUCGGACAAAGCCAGAGAUGGCGUCUUUAAAUCCUCAGGUCUCAAGGAGCUUACGAUGCCCAAACUGUCUAAAUUCAGAGAGGAGCACAAGCUGAUGCGUAACCAAAGCAUAGGCGGAUCCAAGUUACCGGAAUUGAGUGAAGCUGUGGAACAGGAAAAAGGACCUGCUUCCUCUUCACACUCGACAACCAGCAGCGAUGAAGCCAAGUCUGACGCCAUGCCAAACAUCUCUGACGUCAUGUUAAGAAAACUCAAACUUCACCGUGGCCUCCCAGGCUGUCCACCUCCGCUCACGGAAAAGGAAGUUGAGAAUGCAUUCGUCCAACUAUCACUGGCUUUUCGUAACGACAACUACACUCUGGAGACCCGCCUCAAACAGGCAGAGAGGGAGAGGAACCUGACUGAGGAAGAUACACAGAAAGAACUUGAAGAAUUCAAAGGCGCACUGAAGAUGACUGCCCCACAGUGGCAGAACCUGGAACAGCGGGAGGCCUACCAGCGGAUCAUAGAGACGGUCGCAGUGCUGCACCGGCUGGCCACUCGCCUCUCAAGCAGAUCAGAAAUAGUUGGAGCAGUUCGACAGGAAAAACGCAUGAGCAAGGCUACCGAGGUCAUGAUGCAAUAUGUCGAAAAUCUCAGGAGGACGUAUGAGAAAGACCACGCUGAGCUGAUGGAGUUUAAGAAGCUGGCCAACCAGAACUCCAAUCGCUCCUAUGGAGGGUCUGUAGAAACUGGAGAUGAUGGAGUUCCUCGGCCAUCAAGAUCUAUGUCGCUCACUCUUGGAAAGGCGCUGCCCAGGCGCAGAGUGAGUGUUGCUGUGGUGCCUAAGUUUAACCUCCUGAACAUCCCGGGUCAGACGCUACCCAUAGUCGGCCCCAACAUGCCAUUAGCUUCCAUUCCUGGUGUCGCUCUUCCUGCCUUGAAUGAAGUGAAUGAUGCGAAAGGAAACUCAUCACCAGAUUCCACACAACAGACGCCAACUGAGUGUGGAAAGAGCCUGACGGAGCAGGAAGGCGAGGCAGCCAAGCCUGCAGUCAACCUAGAGGAAAUCAGAGCUGAGAUCAGGGCAGAGCUCAAGGCAAAGCUGGAGGAAGAGGCGUACAAUAAAGGCUACCAAGAAGGACUAAAGCAAAACAAAGCCAUCCAGGAAGAAAAGAAAGUGGAGGAAGCCGCAGAGAAGUUGUUGGAAUCCAAAAUUAGGGAUGAAGAAAGUGGAAAAAAGAUGGAAACAAACAGGAGGAUGGAGGAAGUCAUGGUUCUUCUGUGCCGCAUCUGCCCCAAAAUUCCAUGGAGUAAACGACUUCUCUGGGUGGUCCUGCUGGUUUUUCUGGUUAUGUGUUUGGUUAUCAGCAUUUUCAGCUUCUUCAGUGACUACUACAACAGGCGUGAGGACACUUAAAAACAAAAGUCAAGGCAAAAACACAAUGUUUGAGCCAAAGAAUUGUUGUUUCCGUUGAUGUAUGAAUCCAUGACACAGUAGCUUUGACAAGGAGGGAUAGAAAUAACUAAACACAAGAGUUACUACUGUUACUUAUAGGGACCAAAUACAGUUCUGGUACUUGUGAAUACGAUGACUAUAGCACUCUUGAUAUAAAGUACUGCAGUAGAUAACAGUAUGUCUCAGGUCCAAUAAUAUAUAAAAAGACUCUGACUUAUCACCAGCUGAUUUAAAGCUAUAGAACAUCAGUUUUUCAUAUUAUUUAUAUAUUAUGUAUUUGAAACAUUUCAAAAUACAGAAUAGUUUUAUAGACUGCAAUAUUUCCUUCCAAUCUGUUUUGGAUUUGGGCCAUUUUGGAUUGCAUCUUCAGAGCACUGAGAGAUGUUGCACUCAGUUUAUUUAUAUACAAUAUCGUCUUUCUCACACGCGUGUCUACUUGUGCUGUCAACUCUGCAGAGAUUCGCUCUGACACUUCACCUUGAAAUAAA